AUUGGAUAAUAUUCAGAUGUUCAUGAAAACACCGGAUGAAACUCACAACUAACUUAAUAGACGACGAUGUAUAAGAAUAUCACACUUAUGGACGUAUAGAGCUGAGCAAUAAACGAUGACGUAUGAUCAAACGCUUCGAUCUAACUUCAAAAUGAAGAUUGUGUUCGCAUUACUUUCUCUUAUUGCUCACAUGGUGACAGUGCAUGGUGAUGUUGAAAUCUUUGACUAUGACAGACUUUUUGGUUUGAGCAAUAAAACGGAAGAGCAAAAAUAUAUGUGUGCAGAUAUUGUGUUUGCUAUUGACAUUUCGUGCAGUGUCAAAAACAGGGAUAAAAAGAAGAUGGUGACAAUUGUGGAGAAUAUAGUGAAAGGGACGAAAGUAAAUGAAAAGAUAACACGAUUUGGCCUUGUAUUAUUUGACAAAGGGGCAAGGAAACGAUUCGGCCUGAACAAUAAUGGCAACGCAGAUGAACUUCUAAGCCAGCUGGCAGACCUUAAGACAAAUAUAAAGAAAGCACAUAAAGGAUGUAAGACGCACACGUGGAAAGCAUUGGAACUAGUGCGAACUGACGAGGACCUACUUGGCAGCGUAUCGAGAUAUGACACAGAAACUGGGAGGGAAAGGAAGAGGGUGUUGAUCCUCAUGACAGACGGGGUGCCAUUUGAUAGCAAGAACAACCUGAUAGAAGUGGCUGAUCUAACAAAAGAAAUGGGUAGACUUAAUGACUUAGCAAAUAUAACAACUUUUGUCGUGCAUGUACCCAAAAACGGUGUUCUGGAGCCUAUUCCUCUUUUGGACGACCUGGUUUCCUCUUUGAGAUGGAAGUAUGAGGUAGACGCCGGUACAGAUUUGGAAGAUGUUGGAAGUUUCUUCUUCCAUCAGUUGGUCAAGAUAAGCCCAUGUGAUUAUAGAUGUACUGCAAAAAUUGACCUCUGCUUCGUGAUGGACCGAAGUGACAGUAUUGAAGUUGAGAACAUUAAGUUAACAAAAGAGUUCUUCAAAGACUUGGCCGAUUCUUUCCUUGUUACAUAUGAUAAAUCAAACAAAAAGUUUACCAGCGCUAUGAUUGGCGUAAGUAGCUACAACCAAGACGUAUAUCAGCAUUCGUUAGGAUACAAAUGCAAGGACAAUGCAUGCAUUCGUGAUGCUAUAGCCGCAAUUCCAAAUGAGCACAAUACAUAUACAGAGACUGAUGAUGCACUCGCGAAUGUUGCAUCACAAUGUCUACCUCCCUAUGUAACAAGGGGGCACGGCAUUCCCAGGGUGGCCAUUCUAGCUACUGAUGGAAAUACGUGGGAAGAGGGAGCCAAACGUAUCAAUUCUCGUCCUACUAUUAAAAUGGCAAAGCGACUCCGAAGCCAAGGUAUUGACACUGAAGUUAUAGGACUUCCAAAUUAUCAAGACCUCGUUGGAAUCAAAGAAUGGAAACAAACAGCGAGUCACUUUGUGUUCGAUAUGCGUAACGGCACUGGGCCUGGUUGGAGUGUUAACUUUGAGGACCUCAAGUCCAUCACGGGAACUGUAGCAAGGAAAAUAUGUGGACAAUAUUCAGAUGAAGGGGCUAAUGAAGUAUAAGAGUAUCAGAUAAUAAUUCAACGUUAAAUAGGAAACGGACUAAUCAAACACUAUCGCUAUAUUUUCCACGUUUAUUAUGUUUAUACUAAUAUUUCAACUUAUAGAAAAGGAAAAUGUGUUAUCAUUCUAACAUAGUAUCAAAAAAAUAAAAAUGCAUACGCUUGUUAGUGUCUAUAUGUUUGAUAUCGUGUUGAACUUGAAUUAUUGUAAUGCGUGUAAUACAUUAUAAUUUGCUUAUGUAAUAAUAAUAUACAAAAGCAAGAAC